UUUGUGCCGCUCGAGCGUGCGUAUAUAGAGUUCCCUCUCAUCAGUAUCAGUAACAACAUCAGUAACAGUUCCUUCGCGAGUACCCCAAGAUCCCAAGAGAUACGAAUCGAUCUAUCUAACCAACGGACUUACGAGAAUCGCUCGGGAAAACACUUUAACGCCACAUUUCGAGCCCGAAGAACGCGUAACUCCGGUGCAUCCCAUUGGGUGUUUGCCUUAAAGUGCGCCAUAAACUAAAAGCCAAACCUAAAAGUCGGCGGAGAGGGAAAAACCAAACAACGCCCACCGAAACGCAACACCACCUACUGGUCACCCGUGAAAAGCCGUGGAAAAAAAGGGGGUGGAGAGGUGAAAUCACAGAGCAGCGAUAUACGGGCCAAAAAGAUAAAGCCGGGCGAGGAGGACGAGAGGCAGCGACGUUGCCGCUUUUCACCGACCAAUCAGCCAAAAAGGCAGCAAUUAAACGCGUUGUUAUCUGGGCAGAUAGCGAUUAGAGGUGUCGAGAAAAUAAGCCCCAUUGAGUGGAAAAUCCCCUCUGAAGAGCCGCACUGAGCGCCAUCGAGAGAGGGCUGAAAGGCGGGAGCACGUCCCACAGAAAUCCCCAUUUGCCGCGAGCGGGAGUACCCGGUUCCGAGAGCCCCGAGCGCCAUUCGACCGCCGCACCUGGAGCACCCCACUCAGGCACUCAAACACUCAAGCACCGCCGAGCAGAAGUACACAUAUCGCCUGUCAAAAUGUUUGCUGUAAUGCGAAUCGACAACGAUGACUGCCGGUCCGAUUUCCGCCGCAAGAUGCGUCCGAAGUGCGAGUUCAUUUGCAAGUACUGCCAGCGGCGAUUCACCAAGCCGUACAACCUGAUGAUCCACGAGCGCACCCACAAGUCCCCCGAGAUCACCUACUCGUGCGAGGUGUGCGGCAAGUACUUCAAGCAGCGGGACAACCUGCGCCAGCACAGAUGUAGUCAGUGUGUUUGGCGAUAAGCUAAAAUACCACAUAAACAUAUAUAUAAAUAUAUAUAAAACCACACACAGAGCAAUAUAUAAAGUAAAACCGAUAUCUAAGCACCGCAGCACCAACAACAGCACGCAAUAUCACAGCUAUAUCUUACACACACAUAAUGAAUGAAUGAAUGGGAUCUGAUGAGGCAACUGCAACACACCCCGCCUACUUCUUCAUGCACCACUCUUUAAAUAUAUAUAAAUACAUAUUUGUAUACCUGCAACAGCAGCAACUGCAAUAUUGCUUAAGCUACUAGAUGCAAUCUACAGCCACGACAAGCAAUAAUAGUGAAUGGAAUGCUAAGUUCAGGUGUUGGUUUUCAAUUUAUUCGGUUAACUGUUCUAUACAAUGCACUUGCCACGCCCCCAUCAACAGCAGGCAGAUACAAAACAUACAAAUGUUGCGCAGGCGCAGCACAACAGCAACAAUUGCAGCGAACAUUGCAACAGCAGCCGCAUAUUAUCAAUAAUAUUUGCAGAAAUCUACACAUGGACACUUGUGGGCGUGGCUGCUUCGGAAAGUGAUGAAGGGGCAUCAAUAAAGCAACCAGCAACUUGUAACAUCUAAUGGCUGAGAGCUUGCAACAUCCUAAAACUCAGUAGACAAUAAAAUGCAGCUCUUAAAGGUGCAACAACUGAAGAAAGCAACAGCAAUGGCCGGAAUAAUGUAUAAAAGAACAUCUAGAAAACUAGUACUUGCUACUCCGAAAAUUUUCUAGCCACCAGCAACAUGCAACAUCUAGAGGACAUACAAACAAAUCCAUAACAUUAACGAUCCACAUCCUUCAGGAGAAAAGCAACAGCAGUCCCAGCAGAACUCACUCAAAGGCCUAACAACAACACAUGCAACACAAGAGCAACAUGUUGCUGCUGGCUUUCUCGAGUGUGUUGCCCUUGCUGCCAGCGAAAGUGCAAUUAAGCCAAAGCUUUUUGCGCUUUUCAAAAUGCAGACAACAACAGCCACACACAGAGCAACACACCAGCACGCGCCACGUGCAACACCACACAACAGCAACAUGCGACAACAAUCAGCUGCAAUUAUCUUGCCUUAAAACUAUUACAGAUUUACACACAUACAAUCACUCUCGCUAUAUCUUUAUGAAUAAUACAAAUUAAUUACAAUUUAAUAAUAUUAUUAAAAAUGCAAGAAAUCAAAAACAAACACCCAACCACAUACAUCAUAAGUAUUUGUAUUUUAAAUCGAAAGAAAAACACGUUGAAAAUGUAUUACAUAAAAUUAAUAAUAAUUAAUAAUAAUAAUAAAAACAAUUAUUAAAUAAAUAUUUACGAUAUGCGAUUGUUUUGUUUAAGUUUAAAUUUUAAAUAAAUAGAAAGAAAAGCGAAAAAUUAUGCGUAAAAUCAACGAAAAAUAAUGAAAAAAAUGUUUUUUGUUUUUGUUUCCUUCUUUUAAGUGCCCGGCAAUAAGAUUGUAAAUGUUUUUCCGCUAUUUAUAAUAAAAAAAUGAUUGAAUUAAUUAAUAAUGCCAUCCUCCCUCUGGACAUUUUCUGUUUUAUUUUCCUCGAAUAAAGCAGCUAAAACGAUAACAGCAAUUUAUAAAUACCUAAUUUAAACGGCGAAACAAUUAGUACUUAAAUAAACAUAUUUAUACAAUUAAAAGAAAAUCCAAUCAUAAAAAUCCAACAAUAA